AUGGCGUUUAGUUUCCCAGCCUUUUCUUAUAUUAUAGCCCUAAUUGUAGACGCUUUCCUAAUAUUUUUCUCAAUAUUCCAUGUUAUAGCAUUUGACGAAUUGAAAACCGAUUAUAAAAACCCAAUCGAUCAAUGUAACAGCCUAAAUCCAUUGGUGUUACCGGAGUACUUGCUGCACUUAUUUAUAAACAUACUAUUUUUACUAUCAGGAGAAUGGUUCUCAUUGUUAAUAAAUGUUCCACUUAUUCUGUAUCAUAUACACAGGUACCGCACAAGGCCUGUGAUGUCUGGCCCUGGCCUGUAUGACCCAACAAGUAUAAUGAAUGCUGAUGUAUUGACUGUAUGUCAAAGGGAAGGUUGGAUCAAACUAGCAUUCUAUUUGCUGUCAUUCUUUUUAUACCUUUAUGGAAUGAUUGUGGUGCUUAUUGCGGUA